UUGCUGUUGUUUCAUUGCUAUCAGACUGCUCUUUAACUUACUUUUACUUUUUUGGGAACCUUUUGGGAUAGGACACCUUUUGGAUGGUGGUGCUGGUGGUGGUGGUUGUUGACUACGCUUCUUGUUUUGUUUUCAAAAUGGUGUAUUUCUUUUCUCACGAUUGUUCUCUUGAUAUACUGCCCUGCUUCUUCAUUCCUACUACUAUUGCUACCUACUACUUCCACUCUUUUGCCUGUAUGCCAACACGAUUGAUACCCCUUCACUCUGGCGUCGGCGGUACUACUUGUUGCUUUCUCAUUAUAUAUGCGGGGCGGUUUCUCUUACAAGGAUGAAGGGGAUCGCCCGUUAGCUAUGUUACAGGUGGGCCGGAUGUGUGUACCUAUUGUGCCUCCGA